UCUCUCUCUCUCUCUCUGUCAGCUUCCUUCAUUUAAAUUCCAGCUAUGGAGCCGCCGCCUAAUGGGACUUUGGUUCUCCGUCCAUGACCUCGAUGACUGAGUUGAAUCGGUGUUUCCGUUGGUUUUCGUUGAACGAGCAAAGAGUCCAGUAAUUCAGCUCGAGCAAUUUGGUCGGUUUUUCUCGGGAAUAAAUUUAUCUUUUCCCGGGAAACAAUCAGAAAGUUUUAAGUGUUUGCUUACUUUAAACAAUCAGAACUAAAACCCUAAGUAGUUAGCUUGUUCUCGAGGCUUUGAGCUCAGAGAUUGAAGUGAAGGGAACAAAAAUGGGGGACCUGGACAAUUCCUCAUCCCCGUUACUGACAGUUUCAACAGCUUCAGGGGAAGCUAGUUUAUCUUCCUCUGCUCACGAAACCAUGACUCUUCCAGAGCCACCUCUGAAGAAAAAGCGAAACCUUCCCGGAAUGCCAGAUCCCGAAGCGGAGGUGAUCGCUCUGUCGCCGACAACGCUUCUCGCGACGAACCGUUUCGUGUGCGAGAUCUGCAACAAAGGGUUCCAGCGUGAUCAGAACUUGCAGCUCCAUCGGCGAGGCCACAACUUGCCGUGGAAGCUGAGGCAAAGAACAACCAAAGAAGUCCGGAAGCGGGUCUAUGUGUGCCCUGAGACCUCCUGCGUGCACCACAACCCGACCCGAGCCCUCGGCGAUUUGACGGGAAUAAAAAAGCACUUCUGUAGAAAGCACGGCGAGAAGAAGUGGAAGUGCGAGCGGUGCUCCAAGAAAUACGCCGUACAGUCCGAUUGGAAGGCGCACAUGAAGACCUGUGGUACCCGAGAGUACAGAUGCGAUUGCGGAACUUUAUUCUCUAGGAGGGAUAGCUUUAUAACGCAUAGGGCUUUCUGCGAUGCGUUGGCGGAGGAGAGCGCAAAGGCUCAAACCCUAGCGAUUGACGGCUCAGAUGGAAAUCAGAAUCUCAAUAAUCACAGUCCGAAUCCGAAUGCGAAGGGUGUGGUGGCUUCGCCGCCUCCACCGCCUCUGACGCCGUCAAACACUGUGGUGUCUCCGGCUUUGUCCAUUCAGAGCUCAGGGAGUUUUAGCUUUCAAACAGGAAACUGCAACAACGGCAGCAGUGUAUUUGCAAGCAUAUUUGCACCUUCCACAGCCUCAGCAUUGAUCUCACAGCCACCGCAAACAUCAUCACCAUCCUCAUUCUCUAAUCAAGUCUCCACCUUGGGACGCCCCGAUGGCUCCACCACAAUCCCAACCGUUUCCUCCAUUAACGAACCCACAUCCCUCUCUCUCUCCACCUCUCUUUACCUCUCCAGCAACGGCUCCUCCCUCUUCCCAACACCUGAACCACAAGACCAUCGCCACUACGCUCAACCCGCUGUCAUGUCCGCCACCGCAUUGCUCCAAAAGGCAGCCCAAAUGGGCGCUGCCGCAUCAAACGCGUCAUUGCUUCGUGGGUUUGGCUUGGCCACGUCAUCCUCGUCCCCAUCUCAAGAAAAUAGCACGGCGCUGCAGUGGAACAAGCCAGAGAGUGGCGGUGGUACUACCCAGAUGGCAGCUGGGGUUGGGCUCGAACUUCUCUCAACUGCAAGUGCUGCCCAUUUGACUGAUCUAAUGAUGGGCCCACCUUCCCAAUUUGGGGGCCAGCCCAUGACGCGUGACCUUCUUGGGCUCAGCAUAGGUGUUGGCAGCAGCGGCAGCGGUGCUUCCACAGGCGGGCUUUCUGCGUUGCUAAAUUCCUUUGGUGGUGGGGGCAGUGGCUUCGACGUUGCAGCUGCAGCAGCUACUGCGUAUGGAGGAGGAGGAGGAGGAGGAGGAGGGGCUGGGAGUUCUCAGAGAGAGUCAUGGGAAGGUGCACAAGAUAGAUAGUCCAAUGGGCCUGCCUUGCUCUAGAACAGCUCAUUUUCCUUCCUGUGAUUGAUUUUGUUGGCAUAGGUAAAGAGAGCGACUCUGGGCAACUCGCUGGCGCUCCUGCUUUUGAAGAUUCUCCAAGCGAAGUGGCCUUGUGUGUUUUGUGCUGCUGAUUAUAAAUAUAUUGCUUAAAUUUUGUCUUUUGAAUCUCUUAGCUGUUUUGAGUAUUUAGCUCAUUUAAGUUGUAGUCUGUAGGGAUGUGAAGGGGAAAAAAAGCAGUGUACAGGAGCUUAAUUUUCUAGUUACUAGCUAGCGUAGCAAAGUGCACAGCACAAAAUUAAGGGAAAACAUGUAAUGUGCGUCCAAGUCUGUACUACGUAAAAAGUGAGUGAUUCAGUUGUCUUUAAAGUUCCUUCUUGUGC